GCAGAUGUUUUCAUCUGUCCCGCCCCUGUGUACUCUACACACACCUGAGGAUAAACACCAUGGUCAAAAAGGAAGGAAGGAGAUCAUGCACAGGGCUCCAAGCCAAAAUCUACUAGUUUCUUUACUAUGUUUUUUCUUACAUUCAUAGUUUGCCUGUGCAUACAUGGCCGCCUUGUUUCAAACACUAACGCGGAGAAAUUCUGAAUACCGCUUCUUUUUUUUUUUUUUUUUUUUACCUGUUUUGCAAUUUUUGAGUCAAUUUAAAUGGACAACAUAUGGUUGGAUGCCAGCUAUCGUUUCCUGCGUGAAACGCGGACUUCGUGGAGAAACUCGACCGGUUCUGUGCUGACUUUCUCUCCGCGUGCGGCGCUGCUGUUGGAGGUCCUCAUGGUGCUCAUGUGUGUCGGAGCAGUAACAGGAAAUAUCCUGGUCAUCAUGAUUGUGGUGGCAACAAAGACAUUCCACUGUGUGACGUCUGUGCUCAUUAUAAAUUUGGCAAUCAGUGACUUCCUGGUUGGCAUUGGUGUCAUGCCAUUUGUGGCUGUGUCUAUCAUGAAUAAUGGAUGGGUGAACUGCACUGAUUUAUGUCUUUACGUGGGUUACACCUCCUCAGUCUACUGCAGUGCUUCAGUCCUAACACUUGCAGCGAUUGCUUUGGAUCGCUAUUACUCCAUUGUGGACUGUCUGCGCUAUAAUUCACGCUGUACUGCAUGGCGAACUGGAGCAGCUGUACUAUGGAUCUGGCUUCAGGCCAUGCUCACCAGUUGUCCACCUCUCCUAGGGUGGAGCAACAUCAGCUUUGUGAACCCUAUGUACAGCUGUGCUGUCAACUGGGCUAGCAGUCCCAGCUAUACAGUUUUCAUGGCAGCCCUGUGCUUUCUCCUUCCUGCCAUAGUCAUUCUCUUUUGCUAUGUGAAGAUUGUACGAGUAGCACAUCACCAUGCUCAAAGGAUCCACAGCCUUCACCAGCACUUUCAACACAGCAGGGGCCACAACAUAUCGUCAUCAUUUGAAUUAUCCCACCAGUGUUCAACUGUGGACCUGGAACUGCAUGAACCAUCCAGGCUCGUGUACUAUGUAAGUGGAAGGUUUGUAUCAGAAUCUCACUUCAAUGAUACUCAUCCCAAAGCAGAUCUUACUGGCGAACCAACUUUAGAACAUGAAGGGAAAAUCAGCUCUAGACAUUCUGGUCGACGUCUGCACACUUUCCUUGCUCACCUCCAGAGUGGUAGCACACUGCAGAACAGUCAUUCCCAGCAACAUGGUGUUGUGAGGCUUUUCAUGGUUAUUGCUGCCUUCUUUCUUUGCUGGACACCAUACAUUGGAGUUGCAUUGAUACAGGCCACUGAGACUGCCCUCUCCCGAUCAGUGAGCCAGGUGCCACCUGCUGCUGUCACUUUCUCAUACUGGCUUGUGCUGUUCAACUCAGACAUCAACCCAUUACUGUAUGCUCUACUCAGCAAGAGAUUCCAGGGUGCAUUGCAGAACCUAAAGAAGAAGAUCCAGGCCAGGUUGGGUAUGGUUCAAAGGGCAGAAGAGGGAAGAACAGAUGGAGAAAGGGGAAGGUUCUCUACUCCCAAUAAUGUAAUAGCCAGUGUCACCAAUCAGAAUUGCCAAGCUAGUGGACCACAUCGCAAUGAGUCUGUGUACUCCUCAGUUUUCGCAAUGAAUACAACUUUUCCCAAAGUCUAUAAGCAAGAAGCAAAUGAAGUUCUUUUGCCAGGAAGUAUGUUAUCACCAUCUUCUUUUCCUACUCCUUCCUCUUCCCUUUGUCACAAGUGCAGCAGAAAUAACCCAGAAAAGUCAGAUUGCCUGCAGGUUCUCUCAAAGCCACAAGGGUGGGACAAACUACACAGUACCUCUACAAUCAAGGAGAGACAUGCAACUUUUUUUUAUGGUCAGAUAGCAGUGCAAGUGGAACAGGAAAUUAGCUGAGCUGCUGAGGUUUGACAGCAAAAAAUCUGAACUUGCAUGAUAAUUUAACUAUUAUAAUUUAGAAAUUACUACUGAAUGAAUUGUAUUAGUGAUUCUAGUUGCAUUAAAUGAUAUGAUGAUUGACUGAAUUUAAAAUUUGACAAUCCAAAGCUUUAAUAAAUGUUCUUGUAAGCAAAUGUUCUUUUAAGCAGUACAAGUUAAUUUUGUUUUACACUUAGGUCAGAAGUCUACCAAGAUUAUUUCUGUAAUCUAAACAGUAAUGCUUAUAAAAUCGGUAUAUUUUAUAGUGUGGUUAAGUUAUAAAAGAAAAGCAGAGAUAUGUACAAAAGUAAUAGAUAAUAAAUGGGUAAUAAGACUAGCAACGUGAAUGUAUAAUGAUAUGGGCUGUUAUUAUUAAUGAGGAGCUGUACGCAGUGUAGUGUGAUCUCAUUUUAUAUGUAAAGCUGAUUACUGAGUCAUUUUACCCCUUUGUUUUUAGUACUGUGUAUAAAUAAUAUGCAUGUGCUUCAUGCAAAGGCAAACAUUUUCUGGAUUAUAUUUAAAUUAUAGUUGAUUUUGAUGUGUACUUUGGGUCAUUGCCAUGCUGGAAUGUGAAAUUCUUUUUUAUUUUCAGCUUUUUGACAGAGGACAGAAAGUUUUGUGCCAAAAUAUCUAUUAGUAGCUAUUCAUUUUCCUACCUAUCAUAACAAGUACCUCUGGCCCAGCUGAAAAGAAGAAGCCCUAAAGCAUAAUACUACCCCCACCAUACUUCGCUGUCGGUAUGUAUGCACUGUCUUGCAGUUUGUUUGGCAAAUCUUUGUGGAGCAUAGCUAUCAGUGAUCAGAAUCACUGUAAUGUAAAGUCUAAGUUUGAAUGUGACUGGUUAACUUUGAGGACAGUACUACAUAAUGAAAGGGUGUGCAGACUUAUUAAAUCAGAUUGUACGCGUGUUGAUCUAAAGUGUUUCCGAUUAUAAAUGACUUCUAUUUUUGCCUGGAUUUUUGUUUGUUGAAAUAUCACGUUAACGAUGUAACAAGUUUGACAUUUAUGUUGUUAUUUCUGUCUUAAUAUUUUAAAAACCUGCAAUUUUGUAUGCGUGUGUAGACGUUUUGUAUUUACUGUAUUUCAAAACUGAAUCUUCCAUCAAAAU